AUCUAAUAAAAAAACCAGACACCUUGUUGGAUUCUCCUAACAACACAAUAAAGACAGAGAGAGAAUCAGACACACAGAGAGAGAAGAACAAGAGAUGGAGAAUACUCUAUUCGAUGAACUCUUACAAGAAAUUUUCCAAAAACUUCCAUCAUCAUCUUCAUCUUCUUCAUCAAUCUCUCUGGUUUCCAAACGGUGGCUUCAUCUCUACCGAUCAUCAAAAACCUCUCUUUCCCUUCGUUUCAACAACCAUCAUCACUUCCCUUCCUUCAUCUCUCUCCUCACUCAACACCCUUCUCUCUCUUCUCUCUCUCUCAUCCUCCUUUCAUCUUCAAAAACAACAACACCCCUUUUUCUCUCUGCAAUUUCAUCUUCUUCUUUCUCUUCCAAACUUCUCUCUCUCAAAUUCAUAGCUUCCCCUGUUCCUCUCUCUUCCAUCAUAUCUCUCUCUAACUCAUGCACCCAAUUGAGCUCUCUUUCUAUUACUGUCUCAAGACCUGUUUUUUUCAACUGGGUUUUGCUUUUUCCUUGUCUAAAAGAACUUUCAAUAGUUUUGUCUUAUAUUGAUGAUCAAGAUUCUUCUUUUUCUGAUUUUGAUUCUGAAGAACUGAUUUUUCAAAAUGGGGUUUUUGAUAAGGAAAUUAUUGGUUUAGAGAGUCUUUGUUUCAAGGGUAUUCGAGGCGAUGAUUGGGGGAUUGAUUGGCUAUGGAAGAGAUGCAAAAACCUUAAGAAAUUGAAGCUACUUAGUUGCCAAGGAAUUGGUGGUUCUUACUCAUCUUUUGUUCAAUGUUUGCAGGAAAUUCAACAAAUUGAGCUAAAAACUUGUAGAAGUAUUGUUGAUGGUGUUUUGUUAAAACUUGCACAACAUUGUAUCAAUUUGGAAUCACUUUUGGUUCAUGAUGGUGGUAGCAGAGAGGGUUUGCUACAUUUCAUUUCUAAUUGCAAUUCUAAUAAUUUGCAUAAACUCGAUUUUCGCUUACCUAUGGACUUAGAAAACAAUCAUCUUUUUGCUAUGUCUUUAAAUUUUAGAGGCCUUUCAAUUCUUAGGCUUCAAAGUUGUUGUCUUGUAACUGGUGAAGGGCUUAAGGCUCUUGGUGAGGCAGUGAACAAUGGUCUUCAAGAAUUAGCACUCAUAAAUUGUGAUGUUGUUGAGAGGGAAAAAGGGUUGAUUGCAACUUUAGGACAACAAUUGAGACAAUUGAGGAAACUUGAUUUGUCUUAUAAUGAAAUGUUGUUUGAUAAGGAUUUUGUUUCAAUGAUAGUUUCUUGUGUUUAUUUGGUGGAUUUGAAGGUUAGAGGGUGCAAAGGAUUAACUAGUUGUGCUUUGGUUACUAUGGUUAGGAGCUGCAAGAGACUCGAAAAUGUUGACAUUAUGCAAUGUUUGGGGAUAGAAUAUGAGGCUAUUGAAGUGUUUGUUAAGAAUUGUUCAUGUUUGAGAAGAUUGGAGGUUGAGGGAACUAAACUCACCGAUGCUGCAAAAAUGUGGGCAUCAAAUAAAUUUAUUGAACUUGUUUAAUUUAAUCGCGAUUCUACAUUGUGGUCGCGGCUGCAGAUAUACAGAUAACCUAACCUUUAUAUUAUAGUCAAUGCGGCCAUAAUUGUGAUCGUAAUGUUGUUCUAGAGACCUAAAAAUCUUGUGUUGCACCUGCAAUUAUGGUGCAGACCGCAAUUUAAAUCAUGUGUAUAUUUAUUGUGAACUCUGGAAAUAAAAGGAUUUGGAUCCUCUCGAUCCUGUGCAAAUCUCGACCAUUGAUUUCAAUUUACUGUAACAAUCAACGAUCAGGUCAGCGCGGAAUAAGAAACAUGAGGAGAAUGGCAGGAGACAAUCUGGAUUUGAAACAAAAUGCUAUACUACACCAUACUCACAAUUGUUGUAUAUUUACAUUUUUUGUAUAUUUAUUGUGAAGUUUGAAAUAAAUUUGUAUACUACAUCAUACUCACAAUUGCUGUAUAUUUACUUUUUUGUAUAUUUAUUGUGAAGUUUAAAAUAAACUGGCAUACAUCAUGCUCACAAGUCACAAUUGAUGUGUUUUAUAUUUAGAUUUCUGUAACUUAUAAUUGGAACAUGAAUUUAUGUUCAGUAAAUAUUGAAGUAAGUUAUUUUUGUACAUAGACUUUCAUUUCA